GUUGGCGCACAAACUGAGACAGAGCUCAAGGAAAAGAAAUUGAGAGUUGAAGAUGCUCUUAAUGCUACAAAGGCAGCUGUUGAGGAAGGUAUUGUAGUUGGUGGUGGCUGCACUCUGCUGAGACUUGCAUCAAAGGUGGAUGCAAUCAGGGAUAGCCUGGAUAAUGAUGAAGAAAAAGUUGGAGCUGAUAUUGUGAAAAGGGCUCUUAGUUACCCCCUGAAAUUAAUUGCCAAGAAUGCUGGUGUCAAUGGUAGUGUUGUGAGUGAGAAGGUAUUGUCCAGCGACAAUCCAAGAUAUGGAUACAAUGCUGCCACUGGAAACUAUGAAGAUUUGAUGUCUGCUGGGAUCAUUGACCCAACAAAGGUGGUGAGAUGUUGCUUGGAACAUGCAGCCUCUGUGGCGAAGACCUUCUUAAUGUCAGAUUGCGUGGUUGUUGAAAUAAAGGAACCUGAGCCAGUACCUGCUGGAAACCCCAUGGACGGUUCAGGUAUGUAG